CUACCAAAAAUCAAGGACGACAUAACUUGUGGGAAACGAGUACUUGCUUAGGCGGCUAAAUAUUUCUACUGUCAAAAUUUUAAAUCUCGCGUUGCGCACAGGAAUCGUGGUUGCUGUUAUAAUGGCCACCAAACGCUAUGACGUUUGGGAUUCGUCGGAUGAAGCUCAAGAGGUUUACCACUCAACGGUAAAUUGGGCCAGUCCGUAUGCCAAGCGAACUUGUGACUAUCUGAACAUCCACAUACCACCGCUCCCCCCCCAAAGAGAGAAAUCGUAUCUCGGUGUUUACUAUUAUAAUCAAACAGUUAUGACUUUAAUCGACUUGCUUAAUAUGGGUCCCACGUAUAUACAUGCUGUUUUAGAACAGGUUCCAGGCUUUGUGACCAAUAUUGUAAGUCGCGCUCGUGAACAAUACGAUAAAUAUAAGAAACAACGUGCAGAAGAAAUUGAACGGAAAGAACGCAAAAGAUGCAUUGACGAACGGGCACUAGUCCAACCUUUAGAACCAUACUCUGAUGAUAACAGUAAAUGCCGUAAAAAGCUAACAGAACCUAGGACACCGCUGGAACCCAAAGAUGUACCGAAAAGGAGCCCUUGUCCAAAACCCUCAACCAUUCCUCCCUCUAAUCCUAUUGAGCCAAAAGACCGCCUUUCGGAUAGAAGGUGCAAGUGUCCCAAAUGCGACAUUAGAGAGGCAGACGGUUGGUUGGAUAAUAAGCCCAAGUGCCCGAACCGUGACUCAUCUGAAAGACAACCCAUAACACAGUUUAAAGAAGCACAGGACAAAUGCAAGCAUUGUAAAGCCGGUCUAAAAGAGCCCAUUGCACCUGGUAAACAUAGUUGACGCAACAAAAAAUAAGUUUAACAUCCGUCACACCUGUGUAAAGGAAAGCAAUAUGUUUAGGUUAUAUACAAACCUUUGAUUAAACU